UAACACUGUUGUUUUUGUCUAAAACGUACCUGUCUGUGGUUCAUGGAAACGUGGUACAAGAAAUCAAAAAUGGAAUUAAAUAAAUGCAACAUUUUACUAUUGGCAACACCUAAGAAUUACAUUACAAAACCCGCCACUGCUGAUAACUGACCUCACUAACAUGGCGGCGGCUCGACACUGCUUGAUGCUUACGCAAGGUGAAGGGUGAGAGGUUACUCCCUUGUUUUCUGGCGGCGGGAGAUCUUAAUGCGUUUGCUGGAAGACUGAGGAGAGAAACAUCUAAAUAUACCAGCGACUAGGGGGUGCCUGGUGGUCCUGUUCUAAGAUAAUAAAGUGUUUGGCCAUGUUCUCUGACCUCACAGCCCAGAAGGGGGCAACAUUGUUGGCCCCCCCUGCCCUCGAGGGCCCGGUCUUUGACAGAGUGUGCCCCUCCUCCUACACCAACUGCUCGGAGCGCUUCAAACUUGGGGAGCGGAGUUUCAGCCGCCAGUACGCUCACAUCUACGCCACCCGGCUCCUUCAAAUGAGACCCGUCCUGACCAAGAGGGCUCAGCAGUUGUGGGGAGCUGACAUACCAGUAAGGAAACUCUGUGAGAUCCAGAUGGGUGAGCGUUGUUGCAUUGUGGGAACCAUCUUCAAGCACAUGGAACUCCAGCCAUCUAUUCUUCGAGAGAUCAGCGAGGAGCACAACCUCCUACCUCAGCUGCCACGCGCAAAAUACAUCAGCCAAUCGGAUGAGCUGAUUCUGGAGGACGAGUUACAGAGGAUCAAACUGGAGGGUGCCAUUGAAGUGCAGAACUUCGUCACAGGCAAGGAGCAGGGAUCUCUCUCUCUCUGUUUAUACUGUUAAGACAGAGGAGGACAGGUGAUAUCUUUUAUUGGGCUAAGUAAACAAUAAUAAUCGCAGGCUUUCAACACACCUGAGGUCUGUUCUUCAGAUGAAAGUAGAAAAGAGAGAUUGAUGUUUACAUUGAAUGGUGGCAUCAAAACUUUAACAUAAAGAACCCAUUUUGAAUCACUGCAAUUCUAAUAUUGUAAGGAAAAAUGCUGUGUCGAAAAAACAGGACGUAUAGCCACACAAUAAACAAUAACAAAAUAAAUAAAU